AUGCGAACUCGAUCGAGCUCAUCUACAGAGGACUUGGUCGAGUUAGACAUCAACAUAGGCAGAAAACAGAGAAAGAAGAGCCAGAGGCAACAAGUUGAGUCAGAGGUGGUUGUUACUGAUACAAUGAAUGAUCCUGAGGGUAAUGGAAACCCUUUGGGUAAUGGAAAUGGUCGAGCUAGGCAGACACGACCGAUUGGGCUUGGAGAUGCACCAAACCGCCACCAACAAAGACAAGGGAUUGUCCCUCCUCCUGUCCAGAGCCACAACUUCGAGAUCAAGCUGGGUAUGAUCAAUCUGGUGCAGAACAAGAUGUUCCAUGGGUUGUCUUGUGAAGACCCAAUUGACCAUCUUGAUGAGUUUGAUAGGUUGUGUGAUCUGACCAAGAUCAAUGGUGUCUCUGAAGAUGUCAUCAAGCUGAAACUCUUCCCUAUGUCUCUUGCUGACAAGGCUCACCAAUGGGAGAAGAGCCUGCCCCAUGGUACAACCACCACAUGGGAUGAGUGCAAGAAGGCGUUUCUUGCAAAGUUCUUUUCAACUGGGCGCACAGCCAAGCUAAGGAGUGAGAUCUCAGGCUUCACUCAGAGGAACAAUGAGUCUUUUCUCUCGACACUCUAUAGAGGAUGUUUGCCUAGAUAUAGAGAGAUGCUAGACAUAGCCAGGAAUGAAAACUUUCUCAAUCAGGAUGUAGAUGACGCCUGUCAGCUUGUGGAGAACAUUGCUAACUCAAAAGGGAGUUAUGGAGAGGAGUAUGACCGCACAAACCGGAGCUUGACCCACCACUCGAGUCAGAUGACAAACUGA